GCGGCGUCUCUCGUGAGGUCAUCCUUUCGGCGCUGGUCCCUCCUACCCCGGCUGGCGACGGGGUUCGGGAUGACGCCACCCUCGCUCCGCCCUGGUGCGAGCUCGGUCUUCGCGUUCAUUUCAUUCCUCUUCUCAUUCCGAGCAUUCUUCGCAUCCCUGUCGGUGCGCCGCCGAUUCACGUACACAAAACCCGGCCGGCCCAGAAACACGAGAAUAACUUUACACAGUUUACAAAGAUUUAAACAGCACAUACAAGAGAGAGAGAGAGAAAAAAAAAAAGAGAGGCCGAAAUUAAAAUCAAAUAACACUAGCAGAGAGUGGUGUUUUGAGAGUCGCUUCAGCUGGGAGUUGCGGAUUGAAGUGGAACAUUUUCAGAAGUCCGCAAAAACAUUGUAUUCCAAGGAGGCUCGUUGCAGCUUUAGGAUAACCCCCGCGUUUUUCCUUCUUUGUCGUUUAAUCAACUGUUUCUCUGUAGUCGGCUCCAGGCGCAGGCUUGGAGAAGCCAGCCAUCACCAUUGAUCCCAGCAGCUGGAGCGGCAGCGAGAGCCCUGCCGAAGACAUGGAGAGGAUGAGCGACUCUGCCGACAAGCCCAUCGACAACGACGCCGAGGGCGUCUGGAGCCCCGACAUUGAGCAGAGCUUCCAGGAAGCGCUAGCUAUUUACCCUCCGUGCGGUAGGAGGAAAAUCAUCUUGUCCGAUGAAGGAAAGAUGUACGGUCGAAACGAAUUGAUAGCCAGAUACAUCAAACUCAGAACAGGAAAGACGAGGACAAGGAAGCAGGUGUCUAGUCACAUACAGGUCUUAGCAAGAAAGAAAGUUCGAGAAAUCCAAGCCGCCAUCAAGGUAACAAGCAUGGAUCAAACCGUGAAGGACAAAGCACUCCAAAGUAUGGCUUCCAUGUCAUCGGCACAGAUUGUAUCGGCCACUGCCAUCCACAAUAAACUAGGCCUGCCAGGCAUCCCGCGCCCAGCCUUUCCAGGAGCACCAGGGUUUUGGCAGGGCAUGAUAUCGACAGGACAGCCCGGAUCAUCACAAGACAUAAAGCCAUUUGCCCAGCAAGCCUAUCCCAUCCAGCCAGCAGUAACAACGCCUAUUUCAGGGUACGAGCCCGCCGCCGCCCCAGCGCCGACUGUCCCAGCCUGGCAGGGCCGCUCCAUCGGGACGUCCAAGCUGCGGCUGGUGGAGUUCUCCGCUUUCCUGGAGCAGCAGAGAGACCCCGAUUCGUACAACAAGCACCUCUUUGUGCACAUUGGACAAACCAAUCAUUCCUACAACGAUGCCUUGCUUGAAUCAGUAGACAUUCGUCAGAUUUAUGACAAAUUCCCAGAAAAGAAAGGAGGUCUGAAGGAGCUUUUUGGCAAAGGACCGCAGAAUUCCUUUUUCCUCGUGAAAUUUUGGGCUGACUUGAACUGCAAUAUUCAAGAUGAUGCCGGAGCAUUCUAUGGGGUGACAAGCCAAUACGAAAGCUCUGAAAACAUGACAAUCACCUGCUCCACCAAGGUGUGCUCCUUCGGCAAACAAGUGGUGGAAAAAGUCGAGACUGAAUAUGCAAGGUUUGAGAAUGGACGUUUUGUAUACAGAAUAAGCCGCUCACCCAUGUGUGAAUAUAUGAUCAACUUUAUUCACAAGCUCAAACAUUUGCCAGAAAAAUACAUGAUGAACAGUGUACUGGAGAACUUCACAAUCUUAUUGGUGGUAACAAACAGGGACACACAGGAAACCCUACUCUGCAUGGCUUGUGUUUUCGAAGUGUCGAACAGUGAACAUGGAGCCCAGCAUCAUAUCUACAGGCUUGUGAAGGAAUGAGAGUAGAGGAAUUUACUGAAAACCUUAAAUAUAGACUGACAACCUCAAUACAAGUGGCAGUGCCUCUAAUCAAAAUCAAACCCAGAUUUAUUUUCAGUCAGAUUUGGGUGAAGUCUAUUUUUUUUGUCUUUAUUUUUAAUGUAUAUGUGUAUGACUACAGCUGUGAAUUACGGUACAGUUGUAAAAUGUUUUGAUACUGAAAUAGUUCAUUUUAACAGAUGAUUAAUCGAUACCUGUUCUGAGGAAGAUGUGUGUGUGUGUGUAUAUAUAUAUAAUGUGGCAGUACGGAAAGUAUAACAGAAUUAUCUGUUGGUCAGGUUGCAUUUGGUCAAUAGAUUUAUUUCUCUUUUUCAUUUUUUCCUGUGUUGUCAAUUAAGAACAGUUAUCAAAGACACUAGUUGUUAUAUCAAGGGUUGUGUAAACUGUAUAAUAUAUAUAGAGAGUUUUUUUCCAAAGAAAGUAUUUCAAAGAUAUAAUUUUGGAUAAAUAAAUUAACAAUAAAUACUAUUUUCGAGACAAAAAUCAUGACCAACAUGACUACAGAUACACUACGUUAUCAAAACAUUUGCAGCGUUCAUAAAUUACUGAAACUCUAUAUUCUGAUAUUCUGUUAGAUACUACGCUUAAUUUAAUCUUAAAUCAGGUGACUUUUUAAAAAGUGACUAACUGAAAAACUAAACGCACUGUGAUAAUGGAAGCUUAUAUUUGCUUCUUUCUGGCCUAAGCCAUGAGAGAUCACAACUGCAAUAAGAACAAUGUCAAUUAAUGCAUUUUGAUUCCUUUCCCAAAGCUGCAAAUGGAUUUUGCCCAGUAAAAGUAUUUUCUCAAAAAAACAAAAUGAAAGCACUACACUCAAUUGUUGCCUUGUCCGAAGCACUUGGUUCCUCAUUAGGACAUCUCUUACUGAGGUUGCCUACUUUCUUUGCAUAUUUUUAGAUUAGCAAUGGGAAUUAUUUUUGUGUAAAGAAAAGGCUGGGAUCAUUUUUAAAAGAAUAUCAGUUUUGCUGGGAAACCAGAUAAAGUUCACAAGUUUCCAUGGCAUUUUUUUGUUAUGGUGCGUAAUUCCUGAACAGGCUAUCGGCAUGAUUGGGGGUAACUGAAAUAUUACGGUUAGAUAUUUUUUCCUAUCCAAUACCAGCUGGUUGCUGCCUUUACAUUCAUCAAAUUCUAUGAAUCUGUGGCCUACAAUAUUCAUUUUAUAUUACUCACAAGCCUUAAAUGUGGUGGUGUGGAUUCCAAAAGAUGCCACUAAAACUGUGAGCUCUUUCCUAAGCUGGAAGACUUUCUUGUUAUUGUCGAACUUUGUAGGAAUUUUAUCACACACAGAACUGCCAAAGUAUAACAGUAUACAGUGCCUUAGUGUAUGUUGUAAUACUGACCUUUGUUUACUUGUACUAAAAAUGUCUAUUUGGGUCUUGAAUAUUAAGAAGUAGCAAAUCGAUUGCAAGAAAGGAGUAUCUGACAGUAGCUGCCAUAGUCUCUUACACACGCACAGACACCAACCUGUACCAUGUCAGAAACGAACUGUGAUUCAUAGAAUGUGCAAAAAAAACUUAAAGAAUUUACUCACUUUCAUGUGAUUAUUUUUCACAGGGUAGAACAAUAUAUACUAAACAAACUUUGCCUUUUUUUAAUCUAAAUGACCAAAAAUAGAGAUCUUCUCUAGCAAUUUCCUGCACUGUAGCAUGAAAGUGCCUUUGGUUUGGUAUUUCCAGCUUAGAAAAGACAGAUUCAAUAUUAAGUAUUAACUAAUUGUAGCAAGACCAAAAAAGAGAGAGAAAACAGAUCACCACAAUGCCUUUUUUUUAGUUUUGUAAUGAAAUAACAAGGCACAUCGUGUCUUUCACGGGAGAAACUGAAAUUUAGUAUUCAUUAUUAUGAAUAUAAAUUAAUUUUCUGUACUGAGGAAGGGUGUAAAAAUUAAUCUUUAAUACAUUGGAGCAGUAAGAAAAAAGCACCAGUAUCUGAUGUUAACAUCUAUGAAAUGAGUUGCAAACCAUGGUAAGCAAAGGGGUUCCACCAAAGUGAUUUUUAACUCUCUUGCUGUUGGAAUCAGUCAUUUGAUGGGCUAGUUAAAAUUUGAUUGUUUUCUUCAUGUCACUUAGUGCUGUGUGUUAUUACAAGAGAGUACUUCUGUGGAUUCUGGGUUUAAAGGAGUCACAUUCACGUGACACUGCAAACACUCCAGUAAUUCUAGAACUGGGUAAAUCUGAUUGGCCAAAAUGAACAGAUUUCUGGUUUGGGACAAUUUUUAUAUAUAUUUUUUUUCCUUUACGUGAAGACUGUUACCUUAUUUUUAAUCCUACUAUUUUGCAAACCUAUAGUGCCACAGGAGUUUUCGGAUUGAAAUAACACAUCUUGCCUUGUUGGUUUGACUGAAGUCAUUGUUUGAUUUCUUGACAGCUCCAGGUGCAGAAUAACAUGAGGCUUAAAGCUCUGUUUGGAAAGGCCAGUUAAAAACCCAAGGGAUGAGACUAUAGCAUAUAGUCCACAUGCUAGCUUUUCCAUUUGACUUUCAUCUCCCUCAUCUAAAAACUGUCAAAACUAAGGAAAUUGGUUCAUCAGCCGUUCCCAAAAUUCACUUUGGAAGGAGUGCUCCCACUUCCCACCCCCCAAACCCUUUGGUGCCAGAAUACAGCAGCUUAGUUUUUUUUUACUGUCCAACUCCAUAAAUCUAUAUUAUGAAAAAGCCAAUCCCUUUUUUUCUUAAAGUAUUGUUAAAAUGUUUCAUGUAAUGGCAACAGCUCUAUAGAAACACUUUAAAAAGAUAUCAAAUCAAACACUAUUUUUGCCCAUCUUGCUAUGUGCCUGAAGUUUUGUAUAAUUUCAAAUCAAAUAGCCUUUAUUUGUUUUACCUUCAGGUUUUGUUUCGUGUUUGACAGCUGUUUUGCCCUGUGUACGUGUUCACAUUUAUAAAUAACUUAAAAUUAACUCCGUUCAUGUUUUAUUGUGCUGUAUGUAUAAAAUGGUUUUGUGAUGACUUCAGCUUAUUCAGAAUUCGGUCAGUGGUGAAUCUGUUACUGCCCCGCUGCUGGUACAUUUGCUAUGUAAAUUCCAUUUUGAAAGAUCUUAUAAUACCUCUCCUGAAAUUUGGAUUUAUAAGAUUCUUCUCUUUAAAGAUUGAAUGUUUGAAGAAUAUUAUUUUAAUAUAGUGGACAAUAUAUAAAGAUGUCAAAAGGAAUUUCAACAAACAUAUCAGCAGUACAGUUCUUGUUUUUAUUUCUGUUUGUGUUUUGUCUGUGUAGGUACUGGUACCUUUUGUUUAUAACCAUUUUAAAUGUUGGCUUUAACGUGAACUUUUUCUUUAGUUCAGGUAGUAUGAGAACUAUAGGGUUUGUGUGCAGAGAAUUUUUUUAAAAGGUGCUUUGUAUAAAAACAUGUAUCCUGGCUUUUCUCGGUACAAAUGUGUGAUAUCUUUAAUAUCCAUGACAGUAAAGUGCAGGAAAAGAUAGAAACACCUGCCACACUUGUGUGUUCUUUACUGCUGAUGGUCUUGUCUUUGCUCAGUAACAUUUUGAUGCCUUCUUGAUAAAGUGGUAGAUAUUUUGUAGCUUUCUAGGAACUUUGUAUGCAUACAAUAUCAAUUGACAAUAAAUAAUAAAAUCAUG